AUGCGUCGAGACAGAUCUGCCAGCCGCAGGAAGGCAAACACUCCUGUUCGUCGUCCCCCUGCACCAGUCCCAGAGGCACCCCGCUCAGGUUCGAAGCCAUCUACGUCAAAGUCUCCUGCGUCUCCCAGAAAAAAACGAUUCAGACCAGGAACCAGAGCCUUAAUGGAGAUCCGCAAGUACCAGAAGAGUACUGAUCUUCUGAUCAGGAAGGCACCCUUCGGUCGCCUGGUUCGUGAGGUGUGCCAUCAGUUUACCUUUAAAGAAUACCGGUGGCAGGUCUAUGCUCUGCUGGCUCUGCAGGAGGCUGCUGAGACGUUUCUCGUCAUGUUAUUCUCAGACGCUAACCUUUGUGCCAUCCAUGCCAAGAGGGUCACUCUAUUUCCUCGUGACAUUCAGCUGGCCAGGAGGAUCCGUGGGGUGGAUCACCUGUAA